UGCCUGCUCCUUCGCAGUAUCAUGGCAACCUCGGGUUCGACCGGGAAGCGGCGGCCGGCCGCUGCUGCAGCCGCCGCCGCCGUGGGCCAAGAGGAGCUGCGGCGGCUGAUGCGGUUGAAGCAGCGCGAGACGGCGGCGGGAAAGAGGAAGAAAGUCGACUCGCCCUUCGCCAGAUAUAACAGUUUGGGGAAUUUAAGCUGCUCUCUGUGCAAUGUGUCUGUGAAGAGUGAACUCUUGUGGCAAACACAUGCUCUUGGGAAGCAGCAUAAGGAGAAACUUGAACAAUUAAAAGGUCUUAAGCAAUCAGUACCAGGCUCCAUUCCUAACACCUCAUCUUCUCUCAAAAGGAAAACUACAAACACAGAACUUCCAGAACUGAAGAAAGUAAAAGAUUCUAGUGACCAUUCACAAACUGUCGCAUCUGGGUUGCCAGCAGAUUUCUUUGGCAAAACUGAACAAGCGCAAGCAGAAAGACCAUCUUCAAAAUCUUCAAGCGGAGACUCAUUAGGGGAAGAGGAGGAGGAGGAAAAAGCAGAAGAGACAGCAAAAGAAAUCAAAGACAAUAACAGUCAACUUCCUCUGCCAUCCUCAGUUCUGGGUACAGCAGCUACAGUCCCUACUCAAAAAGAAGAAACUGCUGCUACUUUACCGUCAGGCUAUUUGGAAAACCAAGGUUUAGCCACACCUCUGGUCUCCCAUUCUGGCUCUAUUCAGAAAGCAGAAAUACAAGAAAAGGUUGUGGAGAGGAGAGAAAACACUGCAGAGGCCUUGCCAGAGGGAUUUUUUGAUGAUCCUGAAGUGGAUGCAAAGGUGCGAAAGGUCGAUGCUCCAAAGGAUCAGAUGGACAAAGAAUGGGAUGAAUUCCAGAAAGCCAUGCGACAAGUCAAUACAAUUUCAGAAGCUAUAGUGGCUGAAGAAGAUGAAGAAGGGCGACUUGACCGUCAGAUUGGAGAAAUUGAUGAGCAGAUUGAAUGUUUCCGUCGUGUUGAACACCUACGAGACCGCCAGGAUACAAUGAAAGAUAAACUGAGGGAAGCCAUGAGACUAAGAUCCACGCAGGCGAAGGAGGAUGAAGAUGUUGGUAGUGAUGAUGAAGGGGAAUUGCAGGACUUGCUCUCUCAGGAUUGGAGGGCAAAGGGGACUUUGUUGUAGCUGUCUGGAGUGGGGAUUAACCUCUAGAUCUGUGACAUUGUUGUCUUUUAUCAUAUACCACCCUUUCAUUUAUCAUGUGCCACUUGCACCCUUUUAAUCCUGCCGAUGUUAAAAUCAACUGUAAAAUGUGUUUAUAGGUUUAGCAACAGAAAAGGCUUGUACAUUGUAAAGCUGUACAUUGUAAAAUCUUUUUAUAAAGGCUACUGUAGAUUUCCUA